AUGUAUAAUAUAUAUCAACUAAUAAAACAGCAUUGUACAAUAAAUAAUGGCAAGUGAAUCUUGGAAUGUCUUGGUAACGGGAGGCGCUGGUUAUAUCGGUUCUCAUACAGUAUUGGAAUUGGUACAAGCGGGUCUUCGGGUGGUGGUAAUAGACAACCUUAUCAAUGCACAUAAAGACCCAAAUUCUAAGAAACCAGAAUCUCUUCUUAGAGUGGAAAAAUUGACAAGUAAAACUAUUGCAUUUAUCGACUGUGACAUCACAAACAUUAAUGAUCUAAGAAGUGUAUUUCAGAAACAUACUUUUCAUUGUGUUAUACAUUUUGCUGCAUUGAAAGCAGUUGGUGAGUCAUGUCAGAAACCUCUCGAGUAUUACAAAAUUAAUGUCAGUGGAACGAUAAAUCUGCUAGAAGUUAUGCGGGAAAACAAUGUAAAGAGUUUUAUUUAUUCAAGUAGUGCCACAGUUUAUGGUGUACCUAAGCAACUUCCUUUAGUAGAAAACAUGAAAACUGGUAAUUGUACAAAUCCAUAUGGAAAGACAAAGUUUAUGGUGGAAGAAAUACUAAAGGAUUUAUGUAUAUCAGAUAAGGAAUUUUCGGUUAUAUCUUUGAGAUAUUUUAAUCCUGUCGGCGCACAUCCCUCAGGUGAAAUUGGAGAAGAUCCCAACGGCAUUCCAAAUAAUUUAAUGCCUUAUAUUGCACAAGUUUCUGUUGGAAAAAGGGACAUGUUAUACAUUUAUGGCAAUGACUAUGAUACUCCUGAUGGUACAGGUGUACGUGACUAUAUUCAUAUUAUGGAUUUGGCAGUUGGACAUAUGAAAGCUGUAAAGUAUCAAAAAGCUCUUAAUCCAACAGGAUUUAAGCCGAUAAAUCUUGGUAGUGGAAAGGGCUAUUCUGUGCUUCAAGUUAUACAUGCGUUUGAAAAAGCAUCCGGACAAAAAAUACCAUAUAAAAUAGUUGAACGUAGACCAGGUGAUGUCUCCACCAGUUAUGCGGAUGCUAGAAUCGCUAAUGAGGAACUAGAUUGGACUGCUACAAAAAAUAUAGAUGACAUGUGUGCAGAUACGUGGAAAUGGCAACAAAAUAAUCCAAACGGUUAUAAACUCUAAUAAAUAUUAUACCUAGAUAACUAAGAGAAGUAUUUGGUGAAGCUUUUAGCUUGCUAUUACAUUUUGCCUUCCACAUCAUUGGAUGGAUAAUGAAACCAUGGUGGUAUACAGUUACCAAAGUUUAGACCAAAGCAUUAAAAAAGUAAUUUUUUAUCUUCUGUUA